AUGCGUUUUUUCAGGAGAAGGCUUCCCAAAAUUCCCAGAGCCCUCAUUUGGUUCAUUGUUCUAACACAGUUUUGCAUCUGCAUUGCUUAUUUCAGCUCCUUGUUUGGCUUGUCAAACACAUGGAUUUUCAGGCAGCUGAGUGUUUUCCAGCGUGCCCCAGAUGUGCUGCAAGUGGACAGCCAAGAGCAACAGGAUAAUGGGAACUUAAGAAGCCUUUUAAAGGUGACUUUGGGGAGAGACAUCCUAAGGCUUGAACAAGGGAUGGAUGAGAGAACACCAAGAUGGGAAGGAAAGGAGGAGCAGAAGAAAAUUAUGAAACCAGUUGCCAGGUUGAAAGAAGCCAAGGAGACAACAACAGUGAAAACAACUCCUAAGGUGCAGGGAAACAUGAAGAAAACAACAGUGAUUCCAGGGGUGAAAGAAGUCAAGGAAAAGACAACAGUGAAACCACUUCCCAAGGUUGAAGAAGCCAAGGAAAAGGCAGCAGCGAAACCAUCCUCUGGGAUGGAGAAAGCUCGUGAAAACAACAUAUCCAAAGACCAAAGAAAGACAAAAGAGCCUCCUCCAUCAGAAAGAAAUGUAAGACCUGUUCCUCAGACUGCUGCAGUGACAGAAAAGAAACUGAGGGCUGCUGACUUCAAGUCUGAGCCAAAGUGGGAUUUUGAGGACAAGUAUCUGCUGGACAACUCCCAUCCACCAUGGACCUGCUCUGCUUCAGUGAAAGUCAAAGCUGCCAAGUCUGACUGGCUUCGAGAUCUUUUCCUGCCCAACAUCAUGCUCUUCACAGACAGGAGAUACUUCAAUGACAGUGAGUGGGACCGCCUGGAGCAUUUUGCACCUCCCUAUGGUUUCAUGGAGCUGAAUUAUUCACUGGUGAAGGAAGUCAUGGCCCUGCUGCCCCCAAAUCCCCACCAGCAGCUGCUCCUGGCCAACAGCAAGAGCAACAUGUCAACAUGCAUCAGCUGUGCUGUCGUGGGCAAUGGAGGAAUAUUGAAUAACUCUGGGAUGGGCCAGGAGAUUGACUCCCACGACUACGUCUUCCGGGUGAGCGGGGCUGUAAUCAAAGGUUAUGAAAAAGAUGUGGGAACAAAAACCUCCUUUUAUGGCUUCACAGCGUUCUCCCUGGUGGCCUCUCUCCAGAUCUUGGGACGCAGAGGGUUCAGCAAGAUCCCACAGGGAAAAGAUGUCAGAUACAUUCACUUCCUGGAGGGAGCUCGAGACUAUGAGUGGCUGAAGGCUCUUCUGCAGAACAAAGACAUCCGAAAAGGAUUCUUGAACGAGCACAGGCCCCGGGACAGAUUUGAUAAAGAUUUCAUGCUGGAAAAAUACCUGGUGGUUCACCCUGAUUUCCUCAGAUACAUGAAAAACAGGUUUUUGAAAUCUAAAAGCCUGGAAAAGCCCUACUGGCGACUGUACAGACCCACAACAGGGGCCUUCCUGCUGCUGACUGCCCUCCACCUCUGUGACCGGGUGAGUGCCUAUGGCUACAUCACAGAGGAUCACAAGAAGUACUCAGAUCACUACUAUGACAAGGACUGGAAACCUCUGAUUUUCUACACUAACCAUGACUUCAACCUGGAGAAGCAAGUGUGGAAAAAGCUUCAUGAUGAGAAUAUCAUGAAGCUUUACCAGAGAUCCUGA